AUGGCGACUCAAGCUGCAACUCUUUGUGGAGCUAGUGCUCUUGUCGGAGCUGCUGUAGGCAAGGGAGUGAGGCAAGCUGGUGUUUCCAAGAAACUGAACCAGACGCGGUUGUCCGUGUCGGCGUCAGCGUCUUCGAAAGACAAUGAGCCGGCUCCUUCCAACAACCUCUUCUCCAAGCUGGCAACCGGCCUGGCGGCAGUAGCGACGACUGUCUCCCUCACCGCUGGUCCGAUGGAUGCCGUCGCUCUCGCUGCCGGCACUCCCGCCAUCAACCCGGCCAUCCCUGACGUCGGCGUGCUUAUCAAGGGUCAGCCAAUCAAGGAUGCGCGCGCGCUCCUCCGGUACGCGUUGCCGAUCAACAACCAGGCGAUUAAGGAGGUGCAGCAGCCUCUGGAAGCAAUCACCGAGGACCUCAGGCUGCCUGGCUCGAAGGCAUUCGACCCAGUCGAGAGGAACAUCCGUCAGGCCAACCGCGUGCUGAACCAGAGCAAGGACAAGAUUCUGGCGGACGUGGCGGAGAAGAACAAGGCGGAGGGGCGCGAGCUGAUCGAGAAGCUGCAGGACGGGCUGCAGGAGUUCCAGAAGAUCGUCGAGCGCCGCAACCGCGAGAGCAUCCAGCCCAAGCAGAAGGAGCUGCUGGCCAUCGUCGGCGACAUUGAAGAGGCGAUGGUGGGGGCAUUCCCAUACCAGAUCCCGGCUGAGUUCAAGGGGUACCCCGUGCUCAAGGGGCGCGCGAACGUUGAGAUGACAGUGCGCCCGCUCAACAACCCCAACCUCCGCGAAGUGGUCUUUGAGAUCGUUGUCGACGGUUACAACGCACCGGUUACCAGCGGUAACUUCGUGGACCUGGUGAAGAGGGGCUUCUAUGACGGCAUGGAGAUCCAAAGAGCUGAUGGCUUUGUGGUGCAGACUGGAGACCCCGAGGGGCCUGCAGAGGGCUUUGUGGAUCCCGCCACUGGCAAGGAGCGCAGGAUUCCUCUGGAGGUGUUCGUAGAGGGGGACAAGGAACCCGUGUACCAUGACACUCUUGAGGACCUGGGCAGAUACCGUGCUCUCCCCAAGAUUCCUUUCAACGCCUUCGGCACCAUGGCCAUGGCCCGCGAGGAGUUUGACAACGACAGUGCCUCCAGCCAGAUCUUCUGGCUGCUGAAGGAGAGUGAGCUGACCCCCAGCAGCGCCAACAUUCUCGAUGGCCGUUACGCUGUCUUUGGUUACAUUGUGGGGAACGCCGACUUCCUUGCUGAUCUUAAAGUGGGGGAUGUCAUAUCGAGUAUGAAGGUCACCCAAGGGCUUGACAACCUGGAGAUUUUGAAAUAG